AGCUCGAAGAAUAGAAAAUGGCCGAGGUGAGAGGAACACAGCCGGGUGAAGCUGCGUGCGUCCGUUGAGAUUGGUGCGAGCCUCGGCCCCUUGGCGGUGUUUUCUGCCAUUCCUUGAGAGCUUGGGCGCUUUCUCGGGUCUUAUGGCAUCUCCGCCGCCCAGUCAGUGCUCCGGUGCAGCGGGUGACGCAGCCGCUCGAUCUUCUUCCUCCCUUUGCCUUGCGACCGAGCUGCCGGGUGCGGCCGAGGCCUUCCUGGAAUCCGGCCUGGAGCUGCCCGACAGGCCUGCCGUUGCCGUGACUGUAGCCUUGGCGCCCUCACCGGUAGCUCCCGCUCCCGGCGGCGCCUUUUCGGUGUCCGUGGUUUUCCCCGGCUCGGUGACCCGCGAGGGCUGCUUCCGUUUCACCUGCGAGCUCCUGAAGCACGUCCUGUACCAGAGACAGCAGCUGCCCCUGCCUUACGAACAGCUCGCCAUCUUCCACCGAAGGCAGCUCCCGAGGCCCCAAGGCCAGGGUGAAGAUACAGUCAGAAAAGCAUAUCCAAAAGAUCAAGUCAGCAACAAGAAAUGCCAGCAAGUACUAAAUGACCUCGAGGGUGUGUUCCAUCAUUUGGAAAUCAUGUUUAGUUUGACACUGGUCCCACGAGUUCUUAUUCUGCUUGGGGGUACUGCUGUUAGUCCUAAGGAACUCUAUGAAAUUAACCUGCAAGAUGUAUCUGUGAGUGGUGCUGAGGAGAGUCUGCAGACAGCAGCUUGUGUUCGCAAGCUUUUCCAUUCGCUCUUCCUGGCGGAUGUGUUCAGCGAGCUUCAAGCUGUUCCCACAAUGAGUGCUACUAUUAUGGUUCAGGGGCACCGCAAUUGUGGCAUUGAUUGGUUCCGACCCAAACUAAAUUAUAAAGUGCCAACUCGAGGAAGAAAGCUGACUGUCAACUUAUCAUGCAGUCAUGACAACAGUGCAACUCUCUCUGCCUACCAAGAGAUGAACUCUGCCUGGGAUGAUUAUAUAUGGUUUCAAGCUCCAGUGACAGUCAAAGGCUUCCAUUACUUUUCUUGACAAAGUUUUUAAGGAGGGUUAUUAACUUCUAUGCUGAUGUUUUGUAAUUGUAUGUUUGAUCUGCUGCAACCAAAAAAUUCCCCUCUUCUGAAUCUCUAGGGCCUUUUUACAACAUUGUUGAGCUUCCUAUAUUUUCUACAGUUACUCUCUUACAGUGAUAUUACUUAGAAGCAAACUACAUGUGAUUAUAGGAAGUGCCUUUCAAGAACUGAUUCAAAGUUCAAAACACAGACACACACCCAAUCCCCUUAGGAAUACUAAUCUACUUUCUCGGCUGCAGACUUUGCUGUCAAAUGAUACUUGAAAAACUGUGGACUAUGUUGACUGGAAGAUAUUUGUGCAAUUGUAUUCACAAUUUUUUGAAGAAUAUGAUGAAAUCCAGAUAAAAUUUGAUGCCUUUCCUUCUUACUGAUUUGGGUGUGGUACUGAUUCAGAUGUCCAGAAUUGUCCUGAUGUCUGGAGGGAAGAUUGUAUUUAAAGCUGGUAUCUACAGCUUGACUAGUGUUUUCUAGAAGCUGUCUGUAAACUGUGAUUCUCCUGGGAAAGCCAAGUCUGAUUUCUAACAAAUAUUAGGCUGGCAGUUCAUUGACAACUAUGAGCAAAAUUAAUUCACUUCGUUUUCCAAAUAAUAGAUAUCCUCUAGUGUGCUGACUUUCUCCUUGUUUGUUGCUUUCUAACAUACUAAAUUAAAGGUUAGCAUCCUAGAAGUGCUCCUUGUUGAAACAGAUCUUGUGCAUAAUCCUUGUUAUAGUUUGCCAUUGUAAAACUGUGGAAGUUGUACGCCUCAUCUAAAGUUGCUUUGACCAAGGGUAAAGCUGUAGGUAACAGGCCACAAGAAAGGCAGAUCUGAAAAGAACCUGUUGACUACUCUACACUGUGGCACUUGAACCACUUACUUCAACUGAAGGAACGUGGGACAUGAGCAAGUUCAUUAGGGAAGGCAGCAAUACCGGUGGGAACAUGAACUGCAAUCCUGGAGUGGAAGAUAACCAAGAUAACCAAGAGAAAGCAGACAAUAUGGAUACAGGCAUGCUUUUUCUCGUGUUAAAGCUUGACAGAAGACCUCAGCAGAUCUCUUACCUUAAG